AAUUCGCAAAGAAAAAGUCGAACAUCUAAAAAAGUUCACGACUAAAAUAAAAAUAAAUUUCCAUUUGCUCGUCGCCAUUGGAAAUCCUCUUUUUUUUCCUUCGCCCACACCGUCGCCAAGGUAUUUAAUCAUCUAUAAUAGAUAAAUACUAAGACGGCUCAAAAUGGCGACCAAGGAGGACAUUAAGCCCAAGGAGGACGAGUUCUCAAUUAAGCCAACUACGGUCACUCCAUCUGUUGACACGAGUACAUGGCCGUUGUUGCUAAAGAACUAUGACAGACUUCUCGUCCGAACUGGACAUUUCACUCCCAUCCCUAAUGGUAGCUCACCGUUAACCCGAGAUCUCAAGUCGUACAUUAGCUCUGGUGUGAUCAAUCUCGACAAGCCUUCAAACCCUUCCAGUCACGAAGUCGUCGCAUGGGUGAAGAGAAUAUUACGUGUCGAGAAAACCGGUCACAGCGGAACCCUCGAUCCCAAGGUCACAGGUUGCUUGAUUGUUUGCAUUGACCGCGCGACUCGUCUCGUCAAGUCUCAACAAGGUGCCGGAAAAGAAUAUGUUGCUGUUAUCCGAUUACACGACAAGCUUCCUGGUGGCGAGGCUCAAUUCUCCCGAGCUCUUGAGACACUCACCGGUGCUCUCUUCCAACGACCUCCUCUAAUCUCUGCCGUCAAGCGACAGCUUCGUAUCCGAACCAUCCACGAGAGUCGAGUCAUCGAGUUCGACAAUGAUCGUCAUCUCGGUAUUUUCUGGGUCAGUUGUGAGGCGGGAACUUACAUCCGAACACUUUGUGUGCACAUGGGUCUCCUGCUCGGUGUUGGUGCCCACAUGCAGGAGCUGAGACGAGUGCGAAGUGGUGCUAUGGACGAGACGAAGGACCUUGUGACACUUCACGAUGUCCUUGACGCGCAAUGGAUGAUGGACAACACCCGAGACGAAUCUUAUCUGCGCAAGGUUAUCGCUCCCCUGGAGACUCUUCUUACGUCGUACAAGAGAAUCGUCGUUAAAGACAGCACUGUUAAUGCUAUCUGCUAUGGUGCAAAACUCAUGAUUCCUGGGUUAUUACGAUAUGAGGAUGGAAUUGAGGUACACGAGGAAGUUGUCCUCAUGACUACGAAGGGUGAAGCUAUUGCCCUCGGAAUUGCUAUGAUGUCGACCGUCGAAAUGUCAUCUUGCGACCACGGUGUAGUAGCGAAGGUUAAGCGAUGUAUUAUGGAGCGAGAUCUAUACCCUCGUAGAUGGGGCUUGGGUCCUACAGCUACCGAGAAGAAGAAACUUAAGGCAUCUGGAAAGUUAGAUAAAUAUGGAAGAGCGAACGAGGCUACUCCUGCGAAGUGGACAUCGGAGUACAAGGACUACAGUGCUCCGGCCGAAGGUUCAGCACCUGCACCUGCCGCCGACGUUUCUAUGACGGAAGCUCCUACCCCAGUUAAGACCCAAGAAGUUGCGACUGCAUCCACACCAGUAGGUGAUGAUGGUAAGAAGCGCAAGAAGCACGAUGGCGAGACAGCAGAAGAGAAAGCAGAACGCAAGAAGAGGAAGGCCGAGAAAAAGGCAGCUAAGGAGGCCAAGCGUGCCUCGCUAGGAAAGAAGGCCGAUUCCGACUCGGAGUAAACGAACAUACCUCUAGUCCUGGGUUGGAUUUCUCCCGCGUAGCAUUUGGUUGAUACCAUUCGGUCGGUCGCUGGGCUCUCUGCAUGUACAUGCCUUGUCUUACGGCGUUUUCUGCUGUACCAUACAGUUUCUGAGGAUCUGGAAAAAUUGGCGUUCAGGACCUUUGCUCUUUCAUUACGAUAUUUCGACGUCGAGAGGAUGAACUGCGGAAUCUAUAGCAUGGUAAAUAGCAAGAUAUAACGCUAAUUGAACAAAUGGAUUGUUCAUCCAAUACUUGUUGGCUCAAUCUGUGAUCAGACGUUGUGGUUGUUGAUUGAGACU